AUGCAGCAAAUCAAAGAGGUGAACCCCACCACCAUGCAAGGCAAUGAAAGCACGCAGAUCACAGCGAAGAAGGUGAAGGAUUUGAUAGCAGACAAGAAGAGGAGGCUAGUGGAGGUGCCGUACACUGCGUCACUGUCUCAGGUGAUGAGUACGCUAGUUGAAAACAAGGUUCUGGCGGUGCCAGUGGCGGCGCCGCCUGGCCAAUGGAUCGGAGCCGGUGGGUCCAUGAUCGUGGAAACGGAUAAGCAAACAGGAACCCCACUGAAGCAUUACAUAGGAAUAGUGACCAUGCUUGAUAUCGCGGCUCACAUAGCCGGAGACGACCACUUGAGCCAAAAAGAUGAUGGAACCGAAGAUCUUGAUCAAAAAAUGUCCGAGCCAGUGUCCUCCAUUAUAGGUCACUGCCUCGAAGGUCUUAACUUGUGGACUCUCAGUCCAAACACAAGUUUAUUGGAUUGCAUGGAAGUAUUUAGCAAAGGGGUGCACCGAGCUUUGAUACCAGUGGACAGCCAGAUGCAGCAGAUAUCAGAAAGUGGAGGAGUUGAACUCAUAGAAUCUUCUUCAGGCUACCAAAUUCUGACUCAAAUGGACGUAAUGAAGUUCUUGAAACAACACUCUAUAGAAUUGAACAGCAUCGUAGGACGAUCUGUUGAAGAUCUGUGCGCAGUCACAGAUAAAGUGUACGCCAUCACUGAACGCACAAGACUCAUCGAUGCCAUCAGGUGCUUGAAAGCUUCCAUGCUAAACGCUGUUCCCAUCAUCAACGCCUCUGAAGUCGGCCCAGAUGAUCACAAGCAGCUUCUCAAUGGAAGAAGCAGGAAGCUGAUAGGGACAUUUUCUGCGACAGACUUAAGAGGAUGUGACUCAGAGACACUGAGAUUCUGGUUAGGGAAAAGUGCUCUAAAAUUCACAGAACUGAUUGGUAAUGGAGGGUCGUCGUCAAGAAGAGAAGUAGGGACAUGCAAUUCAGAAAGUGGGUUAUGUGAAGUAAUUGACAAGGUAGUGAGUAGACAUGUUCACAGAGUGUGGGUGGUGGACCAAGAGGGUUUGCUCGUAGGGGUUGUGUCACUCUCAGACAUAAUUAGGGUUAUCAGGACUUGUCUGCUAAGCACAGAGUGGUGA